UUUUGUUUCUGUUAGAAUUGGUAAUUAAAAAAGAUUUACAAAACUUCAAGUUCAUUUUUCUCUGAUUAACAUCAAUGUCAGAUAGGACCUUUUGAAAUGUUUCUCUAGAAAUGUGAUUGUAUCGUGAAAUCAACCAAAACAUCGUCGAAAUGAUGUAAUUAAUACAAAAACACAUAUUUUAUUACUACACGCCGUAUUCUACAAUGUCGCUAUCUCUGCUGAAAAGUAUCUGUCGGCAGCAGCAGCAGCAUUUUGUUCAACGACAAGCUUCUGUGAUCUGUACUCGACUUUGCCACCAGGGACUGCCGAAAAACGACGGCGAAAAGCAACACAAUGGCAAGGAAAAGCUGGCCGCAAAGUACAGCCGUGAAAAUGUUAAGCGAAACGUUCAAGGGUAUGUUUUCUCGCGGUUUUUCGAUUACGUUAAAAACUAUGACAAAGUUCUGGAGAAGAAAUUUCCCUCGGCAAUGCACGUGUAUCGAGUUUUUCUGGUCGGAGUCAAAGAGUUUUUCAACGACAUGAAAAAGCUAGUCAAAAUCACCAAAAUCGUCUAUCUGAACGAUAAUAAUCUUCGCUGUCUGACUCGCAAGGAAAUCGAACUGUACUACCAAAUGCCGCGGGACAUGAAGAAGGUGGCCCCGGUCCUGUUGAUUUCCGCUCUUCCCUUCGCAAACUACGUGGUCUUUCCAUUGGCAUAUAUGUAUCCUCGAACAUUUCUGACAUCUCAUUUUUGGUCCAUCCAACAAAAGGUAGACUUUGCUCAGCAGGACCUAAGGCAAAGAUUACAGUACAACCGUAAGGUGUUUCGCUGCAUGCAGGCUAAAUUGGACGUGCUCAAGAGAACGCAGGAUCCUCACUAUGAGAAAUUUAGCUAUAUAUUAGGAUUACUUGGCAGCGGUUUGCAUCCCACAUCGGAUGAAAUUCUGGAUGUGAAAGAUUUAUUCACUAGGCCACCACUGCAGCUGAGUCGUUUAUCAUCGGUACAUCUAAAAUAUCUCUGCCGGUUACAUGAUCUACAUUCGGGACUGAUGAGAAGGUUUCGGCUGUCGGAACGAGCGUACGUCAUUCAUCACAUAGAUCUAGCGAUUAAGCGGGAGGGUGGUGUCCAUAAUAUGUCACUAGAAUCGCUGAAACAUGCCUGCUUUCUGCGAGGUUUGAAUGCCACCAACAUGAGCACGGAGAACAUGAUCGACUGGCUGAAUGAGUGGGUCAAAGUGUCCUUAAUUGUCAACCAAGACAACGUAAGUCUUUUCCUGCAUCUUCCGAUUCUGCUCUCAUACAAUCAUCCGAACAAUUGGAUUCUAACACACUGAGAAGAUGGCCGUUCCUUAUUUUGUUAUGAAUAAACUCAGCUUUUGAAACUUUGGACUUAA